AUGAAUACAGCCUUCUGGAACUGCCGGGGCUUGAAAGGGUCCCUGGUAGUUCGACGCCUAAAAGGGAUUAAGGCAACUUAUUCCCCGGACAUAGUCUUUCUGAUCGAAACGAAGAAUCCCGACGAUGUCAUCCGUGAUGUUGCAGCGCAACUGGGUUAUGAUUGUGUUAAGUGUGUAUCUCCUUUGGGUAUUGGGGGUGGUUUAGCUAUGUUAUGGAAGAAGACAAUUUCAGUUUGUUUCAAUGUUGUAGAUGAAAGAAUCUUUGACUGCAAAAUCAAUAAUAAAGAAAUUUCUUUCUACUUCUCUUGCAUCUAUGGUCAUCCAAUUCGGCAACUUCGACAUAUUUUAUGGGAAAGACUCCAACGUAUCGCUUUAACAAGACAUGGCCCUUGGCUAAUGUGUGGAGACUUCAAUGAGAUCUUGAGCAAUAAUGAGAAACGGGGUGGUUGCAUAAGACAGAAUUGGAGCUUUACUGAUUUCAGAAAUAUGGUUAAUAUCUGCAAAGUGUCUGAUCUUCCAUAUAAAGGAAAUAAUAUGACUUGGGUUGGUCAGAGACGUACACAUACGGUUGAAUGUUGGCUUGACAGAGCCAUGGCCAAUGAUCAAUGGCGAGCAAGCUUUCCGGCUACAGAGGUAGAGUACCUCGAGAUGAUUGAAUCUGACCACCGACCAGCUAUUAUUAAAAUUAGAAGAACUACAGAACGAGGUAUUAAACCAUUCCAAUUUGAUACUAGGCUAACUUCUAACCCAGAUUUUCAAGGAGUUGUGGAAAGAACCUGGGGUGAAUCUGAGUCAUUACAACUAUCCCUCAAUGCACGAAUACGUCUAUGUCGCCGUACAAUAUCAGCUUGGAAACGUAGUAAUGCUACAAACUCUGCACUUCGUAUCAAAGAACUGAUCUCAGAAAUAGACCUUGCUCACACGAGUCCAUUGACGUCCUCCAAUCAUAUUCAAGGACUUCGCAGAGAUCUGAUACUAGCUUAUAAGGAAGAAGAACGUUUUUGGCAUUUAAAGAGUCGAAAUUUGUGGAUGCAACUAGGAGACCGCAAUACGCGUUUCUUCCAUGCCUCUACAAAAAAUCGAUUAGCACGAAACCGGUUGACAUCGAUCAUGGAUGAAGGAGGUACACGUCUUUAUGGUAAUAAAGAUAUUGCUACUGAAGCUAUUACAUAUUUUGGUAAUUUGUUCACCAGCCCUGGUCCUACUCCACUUGACUCUGUUCUCUGCAAUAUCACACCUCUGGUUACUUCUGACAUGAACCACUAUCUAACCUCUGAGGUGACUGGUGAUGAAAUCAAGUCUGCCCUUUUUUCAAUUGGAGCAACUAAAGCUCCGGGUCCUGAUGGUUUCAAUGCUGCUUUCUAUCAACACUACUGGGACACAGUUGGGACAAUGAUAACUAUGGAGGUUCAAAAUUUUUUCGUGACGGGACAUCUCCCAAGAGAGUGGAAUCAUACAAAUUUAUGUCUAAUUCCAAAGAUUACGGCACCAAAGACCAUGAAAGAUCUCCGGCCUAUCAGUCUCUGCAAUGUCUUGUAUAAGAUCAUCUCAAAAAUUCUAACUCAACGACUGAAAGGUGUAAUGUCUGCAAUAGUCUCUGAGAACCAAGCUGCCUUCAUCCCUGGUCGUUACAUCACGGAUAAUGUGCUUCUUGCUCAUGAAGUACAUCAUUCUCUUCAGGUGAGAAGACGCUGUGCUACCUCCUAUAUGGCUGUGAAAACCGACAUAAGCAAAGCCUACGAUAGGAUUGAAUGGAAUUUUCUAAGGGCUGUAUUAGAAAGAAAAGGGUUUCAUCCACGGUGGGUAGAUUGGAUUAUGGAAUGUGUCUCCUCGGUGUCUUUCUCAGUUCUGAUCAAUGGGAGCCCCUAUGGUAACUUUAGUGCAACUCGUGGCCUACGUCAAGGAGAUCCUUUGUCUCCCUCACUCUUUAUCCUUUGUGCGGAUGUAUUAAGCUCCCUCCUAUCACAGGCGACUAGCGCUGGGGACAUCAAUGGAAUCCAACUUAGUAAUGGUGGCCCCCGUCUUUCGCAUCUCCUCUUUGCCGAUGAUUCACUUUUUUUCUUAAAAGCGGACCAUAAAAAUAGUACAAAUCUCAUGAAGAUUUUUAAAGCCUACGGUGACGCUUCAGGACAGAUAAUCAACUUCGAUAAAUCUUCUAUUACUUUCGGGAGUAAAGUCUUUCACCAAACACGUGACCGAGUGAAAAGCACCCUACAAAUACCAAAUGUAGGAGGAGGAGGCAAAUAUUUAGGCUUGCCUGAACAGUUUGGACGACGCAAAAAAGAAAUGCUACAAUACAUUCACACCCAAGUACGAAAAAAGAUUGACGGAUGGCAAACUAAAUUCCUCUCGCCAGCCGGUAAAGAAACACUUAUCAAAUCUGUGGCAUGUGCAAUGCCAGUUUAUUCGAUGAAUUGUUUCAAAUUACCAAUGGAGCUUUGUUCUGAACUAGAUAGCCUGGUUGCACGUGGUGUCCAAUUUGUAAUUGGUGCUGGCCAUAGCACAAAACUUGGAGACCCAUGGAUUCCGACUACACCCCCAAGACCACCUCAGCUACAAAACGCUGGGAAUGCGGAUUUACCUGUCCAGUUGUUGAUUGAUCCGCAUAAUUUUUGUUGGGAUUCACAUCAACUACAUCGAUAUAUUGCUCCUCAGGACCAUCACUUGAUCCAGAAGAUAUUUCUCCCACAAAUCUCUACGGUUGAUGAUUAUCUUUGGAACUAUACAAAAGAUGGUGAGUAUAGUGUUAAAUCUGGCUACUGGAAAGCUUUGACCAUACAAAGAGACGAAAAUGCUCCAGCCGCACCAUUAGCAUCAACUCCGGAUAUAGCAGGUACGAUAUGGCAACUCGACAUCGCUCCAAAACUUAAACACUUUCUUUGGAGACUCGCCUCAGGAGCUAUUGGUGUUGCUGAGAAUCUACGCUGCCGCAACAUUAACGUCAACCCAUAUUGUUCAUGGUGCUGUUCGGAACUUGAGUCUAGUGAUCAUAUCUUCUUUACAUGUGCUCAAAUUCAACCCAUAUGGAGAUUGGCUGGGGUUCCUUUGAACAUACUUGGUGAUACUACCACUUCCUUCGCGGAUAAAUUAAGGUACCUAUUCCGUCUCCAUACUGAUUCGUCCCUAUCACCUUUCAAUAGAACAUCUCCAUUUCUGGUUCUAUGGCGUCUUUGGAAAACCAGAAAUAACCUAGUGUUUAACCAAAAAUCCACCACUACUGAAGAGGUUUUUAAGUCCAUCUGUCUCGAUACAGAAGAAUGGCUAAACCAUCUUACUCCGGAUGCGACCACAAAAGCUACAACUACUAGGCCGUUAUGGCCCAAUGCACCUACACGACGCAGUAACUGGACACCCCCUGGUCGAGAUUGGGUUAAGUGUAAUUAUGAUGUUUCACACCAUGAAGGUAACCGGGAUUCGGGAUUGGGUUGGCUCAUCCGUGAUUCACAAGGUACUUUCCUCGACGGCGGGAUGGGACGGUUUCAAGGUCGGUAUACUGUCGUCGAAGCAGAAUGCUCAGCCUUACUCUGGGCGCUACAAUCAUCAUGGGCUCUUGGUUACCGUUCAGUAAUCUUUGAAGGGGACAAUCUUAUGCUAAACAGAGCCCUGCAGAAUCAGACCAGAAGCCCACGUCUCAAGAAUUAUGUAAACACGAUUCUCCAAUGGAAGUCAAUGUUUAGUUCUGUAUUGUUUAACUUCCAAUUCCGUGAACAAAACUCAUGUGCUGAUAUUCUUGCCAAAUCAGUAUUACUAUCCUCGCAGAGUUUAUAA